AUGUCUUCCUCAACUUUUGGGCUGGUGGAGGUGGACGACCGUCCAUGGGUGGUUUUCGCCGAGGUCCUGAUGGUGUCUCGUGGUUGCGAAGGCUUCUCGUCCCUUGCCCUUCAAGUCACGCUGACCAUCCCUGCAUCCCAAAUAGCUCGUGCGUGUUGUCUCAUCCACGUACGCCUAUGCGCCACGCUCAUGCUUUCCAAGCCCAUGCGAGUCAGCCUAUGCGAACUCUUCGGCCCAUGCCCGCGUGCGCGUGCCUCGCGCGAGAUCCUCGCGCCUGUGCGCGCCGUCGCCCACAUUCCCUUGGUCGCGUGCAUGCCUCCAGCCGCAUUACAUGCAACUGCCGUUGCCUUCGCGCUGUCUUCUUGGGUCGUAUCGGCUUGGUUACGCGGUCUCCCGUGCACUUCCCAAUCUCGCGGUCGCGCGUUAGUUGCCUUGUCGACCCGCCCGCUGUUUCGACGGGUCGCUCGACCUGGUAUUGAGGCGUGGACCCCUCUUUCCCUAGUGAAAAGUUUGAGUUAUUUUAUAUACAAACACCCUUAUCGGUAG